AUGUGUACGAGUAAAUGGAUAAUUGCUAUUGUAUUUUUGUUGACGCUGACUCAAGCAAGGGCCCAGUAUGUCAAUACCACCUGCGAGGAAUUUGAAAAAGAUGCGAAAUUUGAUCCUUUUGAAAUAAUGGAUUCUAAAUGGAAAAUUAUCUAUUUUUGGUCCUCAACUGUAGAAGCUAAUCCAGUUAUAUUUUCAUUACUUGCAGCGAAGAGAUUAGAGAGAUUUAAAGAAGUGGUGAAUGCUCUGGAACCAGACCUACGUCCUGAAUGGGAUAAAGCUGCUUUCAUGAUGGAGCCCAAGCCUGGAGUUCAAGUAGUUAUGCUCUAUUUGGGAACAGCUGGGCCUUCCGCGGAAUCGUCAAAGUUGAACAACGUUACAAAGCUGGUUUUCGCCCUCGUCAAGAGCGUACUGUGUAAUAAAGGUGUGACAGUAAUACUCCAGCUUGUACCCCAGCCGCGCCAUUUCCGCUCCUAA